GAUUAGGUAGUGAUGAAUAAAUUUUGUCACCAUUUGUAAACAUCAUAUAAAUAUCAAGUCUGUGCCUGCAGCGUUCCAAGUCACACUUGCACUGUACAGACAUAAAGUUGUAUUUUACCUAUUAUUAAAGUACUUUUUAUCAAUAAAGACUUGAGGGUUAUUCCUAUUCAAGAUUUAUUUAUUUACUGACAGUAUGACAAUGUGACAGAGAGGGCACAAUGCCAGUACAACCGCCCCAAUGGACAGAUUUCCUCUCCUGUCCAAUUUGUUAUACAGUCUUCAAUGAGAAUGCACACAAACCAAUCAGUCUAGCAUGUGGACACACCAUGUGCAAACGAUGUUUGGCAACUCUUUCCAAAAAGCAGUGUCCGUUCGACCAAGCAACUAUCCAGCGGGAUGUGGACGAGCUUCCGGUAAACUUUGCCCUUCUGCAGCUGGUUGGGAUCGAAAUCUCACUGGAGAGGGAUGUUAUGCCGUCUAACAUCAUUGACCAAUAUGUUAAACAUUACGCUGCCGCUAAGAAAUGUGUUGAAGAGUUAGCACUAUACUUGAAACCUCUUGGAAAAGGUGGUACUACUGUUGGAGCAUGUGCACUUAGUAGACCGAUGCAAAGAAAAUUGGUGGCGCUUCUUAACUGCCAGCUUGUUGAAGAUGAAGGACGGUCAAGGGCUUUGAGGGCAGCGAGGUCACUUGGAGAGCGUACUGUGACAGAACUCAUUCUUCAGCACCAGAAUCCUCAGCAGCUGUCAGCAAAUCUUUGGGCUGCUGUGCGUGGAAGAGGCUGUCAGUUCCUAGGCCCAGCUAUGCAAGAGGAAACACUAAAGCUUGUUUUGCUGGCCUUGGAAGAUGGCACUGCAUUGUCCAGGAAAGUUCUUGUGCUGUUUGUAGUUCAGCGACUUGAGCCCCAGUUCCCGCAAGCUUCUAAGACCAGCGUUGGACAUGUUGUGCAGUUGUUAUACAGAGCCUCGUGCUUUAAGGUCACAAAACGGGAUGCAGACUCUUCGCUUAUGCAGUUGAAAGAAGAGUUCCGUAACUACGAAGCUUUACGACGAGAGCAUGAUGCUCAGAUUGUUCAGAUUGCGAUGGAAGCUGGUCUGCGGAUCUCACCGGAGCAAUGGUCAUCGCUUUUAUAUGGUGAUCUAAAUCACAAAUCACACAUGCAGUCUAUCAUUGACAAGUUGCAGACGCCAGCAUCAUUUUCGUCCAGCAUCAAUGAACUCACUAUUGCUUUGCAACGCUCUGGUGAUCCAGGUAACCUGAAGUCACUACAGCCUCACCUGGAAUACCUGGCCGAGAUAGAUGGAAGCACAGAGGGCAUUUGUCCAUCUUGGGAAGAAUGCGAGAAUGCGAUGAGAGCUGUGAAGUUGAUUGUUCAAGGCUUUGUGGAAUUUGCACAAAAUUUCAGCCACACAAGGAAAAUGAUGAACCAGCAGACUCCGAAUGUGACAUUUAAAACAACUAUGUGUCGAGACAUUCAGAAGGGAGGCUGCCCUCGUGGUUCAAACUGUACCUUUGCUCAUUCAGAUAAAGAAAGGAAAGAGCAUCGUGCUGAAAGUCGUAGAUUGAUGCAGACAAUGACACGGCAGACAAGCCAAUCAAGCGUUGGUGACAAACUUGAGCAGAAGCCGCCCCUACUACCUCGGGGAUUAGGCCAUGCAAGGAACAUAACUUCACCAGUACCAAGGACAACUUUACCUGAUAAGGACAGGGAAAGUAGCUCUCCAAGUAAUGAGAACGCUAAACUUGCUGCAGUGGUUGGUCAUAAUGAUGGACUCCAUUCCCGAAGCAGUGAGGAGGAGAGUAUAGCAAAGGUGUAUGGUCAUAGAAUUCACCCCCGAAGCAAUGAAGACGAGGCUGUACCAAGAGUGUAUGGUCACGGACGCCAUCUCCAAAGCAAUGAGGAUGAUAGUUUAACUAGGGUGUAUGGUCAUGGCAGACACCCUUCUUCCAACCCUCAUAUUGUGUAUCACUAUGAUGAUCAAUACUAUUAUGAUGCAUAUUCUCAUCAAGGAUACAGAUAUGCGCCUGUACGAGGGCGCUCUCCACCUCAUGGUCCAUCACAUGGUGUACCAGCUGUACAUGGCCAUCCUCCAUUAGGCAGACAUUCCCCAGUACAUGGCCAACAACCAGGGCCUUAUAGACAUUUCAAAAAUGGGCCUUACGAGGCUUACCCGAAUUACCCUAAGCAUGAGAGCAGAAAAUAUCCACCUGGCUAUCAUCAGGAACCUCCAUCCCCUGAUCAUCACCGUAAAGAACCUCCACACUCCGAUCAUCGUCGUCAAGAACCCUCACUCACUGACCAUCAACUGGGUUAUUAUUAUACUUCCCAUCCAAACGAUGCAAAUAAACAUCGUCAACAACCACCAUACUCAUCAGAACGAAACGGAGGCUACAGUGGCUAUCCCCCUCCCCAACCAGCUAAUAGAGGCUGGGAUCACCAUAUAUAUAGUAGGGGCUCUGAAGAUAUUGCAGCUAUAGGUCAGGAUGUUCUUUCACCGAAGUACUCAUCCACGGAACGAGAAUUCCUAAGAGAUAAGAUGGAUGAUGGUCUGCUUUUUAGAGAACAUGAUUUGAGGAACAGAAGAGAUGAGUUUCAGGAUGGUUCACAAAGAGAAAAAGAAUCCAAUGAAAAAAGAAAUGAUGGAUCUGAAAUGCCUGUGUUUCAGAGUUACAAUGCUCAAAGUAUCGAUCAACUGAAUGAGCGACAAGCAGCGCUCAUUGGUCUGCUUAGUGAAAUGACUCCAAACGUAUCAAAACACAGUGGACAGAGUGACUCGAUAUUUGACGAUGAGGUAGAACCGUUCCACACUGGCAAGACACCUCGCAUGCCUAACCAUCAAAGGCCCCAGUAUGGUGGUGACUUUGCUCAGCUGUACCGGCAAAAUUCCUCAAAGGACAGUGUGAUGUUUUCUACAGACAGUGAAGAUUUCAAAGAAGCAGCUAAUUCUGCUCGCUUUGAUUAUCUUCCAGCUUAUGAGAUGUGGAAGUCAAGUACACUCUCCUACCAGGUCCCUGCUAACAAAGAAGUCUGUACGAAGCUUACGCCGACACUCAGUAAAACUUACAUACGCCAUGUUUCAACACGAGAAGAAGAUCCUGCACCACCGUAUCACGAUUUCCAUGAUAUGGAGAAAUUAUCACUGAAUGAUUUGAAAAAAGAGGCGGAGGUGAAAAAAUCACAUCAGUAUAUUGAUCAUCAUGAACAGCGUGAGAAGUUGAUGUUGCAACUUGAAAAACACAACGAGUUGUCCCCACUUGUGAUGACGUCAACCAGUUUGGUAUCAACUGAGCCCGUAACUUUGAACUCACCAGAAAAUAUCUCAAUUUCAAAAAUUGAGCCAAUAUCGCGCUCAUGCCGUACAUCAAGCAAAAUAUCCGGUCCUGUACAAGUAAGUGCAGGGAAAAGUACGCCCACUGUGCCAGUUAAGCUGAACCUUGAUUGCCACACUGCACCAGCUUUGCAGGAACCAUCCGGAUAUUACUCUGGGUUCGCUCAGUCUCCAUGGGCUACUGAAUAUUCAACCAUAUCCUUUGGAACAGGUCAAAGAUUUCCUUUGGGGAAAACUGAUGAAAAUGAAGAGGAACAAAAGAGGAAGAUAAAGGAAGAAUUAAAGUUUGUCCAGAAUCAGAUACAGUUUAGGAAGGAUGCAACAGAUAUUCAGUUGUUGGAUCGUGAAAGUAGAGCCAUUGCUGAGCAUGAUUUAUCAUGUAAGGUUGAUCCUGUAUUGAUGGAAAAUGAACAGAUGAAUGAUCCUAACACAUCUCACAUGUUGAUAAAAGACCAGGCUAACAUGAAACCUGAAGCGAGGGAAAAUUUGGUGUGGGCUAAGCACUGUUUUGGUAACACACCAAAAGCCCAAGCAAAACCUGGUGGAAAAUCAGGAAAAAGUUAAGGGGCUUUAGAGGAGAAAUGUCAAGCCCAGCAACUUCAACAAACAGCUGGUAUGUGUACAGCCGGAAGUAAUGAAUCUUACUGAUUUGAUUGAUAAUAAAGCUCCCUAUGGAGGGCGUACUAGAUAGAGAAGGAACUAUUGGAUUAAAGAACGCCACACAAAAGGCUUUAAGGUUUUCCCUCAUUUGUUUAAAGAUAUUUGUAUGUAUGAAAUCUCUGCUAACUUGAUAUUUGUUCUCAGAAUCAUGUCAAAGUAUAAAUUCACUUGUGAGGUGUAUAUUUGAGAUUAGAAAUAUAGUUUAUUAUGAUAUUAUGAUGGUUAAAAUUAUUUAACAAAUAUUAUCCCAUGAUUUAAAAACUAAAAAAAUUAAAAUGUUACCAAGAAGAAUGGACAAUUUGAGAGGACAUAAUCUUUUAAGGAAACAGAAUGUACUAUUUAUAAUGGAAAUCAUUAAUAUUAUAAUAUUUUCCUAUUGGAAAAAACAAUGCUAUAUAUGGUUUAGCUUAAUUAUUGUAUUGUCUUUUUAGACUUUUUUUAUAUUACAUAUUUAUAGUUUAAGGUGAUUUUUCCUUAUUUAAAGAUAAAGUACCAUACUCUUAUUAUGAUUUAUUCAUUUAUUAUGUAGAGUCCUACUUAAUAUUUUGUUAUUGAAGAUGCUUAUAACAUAUGAUAUUCAUCUGUGUUUAACUCAGUUUAUAUAUUGAAUAGUGAUCAUUCAAAAUUGAUUAAUGAAAUUCUGGAGAACGUAUUUUUUAUUCAGUAUGACAAAUUAAAACCCAUGUAUUGAUGUUCGCAGAAUAUGGUAGUUAUUUUAAAUGUUUAGAGACUAACAUCUCACAAUUAAGAAGCAAACUGUAGUUUUUACAAAAGAAAUGAUUACAUAUAUCUAUUUGCUAUUAUUGUUAUAAGUACAACCUUACCUUAAGUCUGCACCGAAUGCUUUUGAAUGCUGUGAAUUUGAGAGUGAUUUGUAUGUAAAGCAUUCUAGGCUUUUUAAAGAAGUCAUAUAGCAAUGUGUAACUGUGUUGUUAUAGUAACAGACCUACCAACAAUAAACAAGGAGCAGGCUCUCUUUUGCAUGGUCUAUUAGAUGAACUACUGUGUAACAUUUGAGCAUCUUAAAUGCCGAGUAAAUUUAUUACUGAUUACAUUAAUCGAAUAGCGGGCUUGAGCAUAAUGCUCUCCCAUGGUUUUUGGCUAGUCAGUUAUCGUAGUUCCUCGGUUAUAAGCCCACUUUCGCUAAAAGCACACUUGCUUUUCAUUGAAAGUUACCUUCAAAAAGGCUACCUAGGACUAGCCAUAUAGGGGUACCUAGGCCUUACUAUGGCACCUUUGUUGUUGGACUAUGACGUCUAUGCUAGCGUUUGCUAUUGUUUGAAAUUAUGUAGUUAUUCGUUAUCCUACCAUCUAAACUCAACAUAAUUUCAUGUUCAAGGGAUAGGCGUAAACCCAAGGAACUGAUGUGCAUAAGGUACUUAGAUCCAUUCCUCAAUACGGUAUGCAUACUAACUUAUUAAUGUAUCUAGGAUAGUGAUUUUAACAUGGACAAGUGAUAAUAAAUUACUUGCCUUGGGGAAAAUCGUGUAUUUAAAGGUUAACUUGUGCAUGUAGUGUAUCGUAUAUGGGUACAUUAUUAGUAAGGUUUUGUUUUGUGCAGUAACAGAACAUCCUUUAAUAUCACUAAAUUAAGUCACAUAGAUGCUCUAUUUAAGUCAUUUGCUGUUUUUAUUUCAUUCUGAGUUUGAAACCAGUUUAUACUUUUAGAUAAGCAUUCACAAUUUUAUAUUUUAUUUUAUGAUUAUAUUAUUGUUCAUAUACUGUAAUUAUUAUAAAUCUUAAUAUUAUAAUGCUUUUUUUAUUAUUUUUUAAAAAGUUUUAUUAUGAAAGCACACAUCAAUUAGUAAAUAAGUAAUUAGUAAUGAUAAUUAUUACUAUUUGUUUUACUUGAAAAAUUUGAUUAUAUCAUUUAUAUAUAAUAUGGUUUAUCAUGUUAAUUAAAUUAAUAGUUUAUAUCUACAUCAGUGGUUAAAGAUGUACUGUCUGUGUGGAGAUGAAUAAAUUGUAAUAAUAUACUUAACUACUAAGGUAUUGGAUGGAAGCUUUAAGAUACCAGGUUGGUCCAUGAAGAAGAAAAGGAUUAAAAUUCAAAAUUUGAAUCGAUUACUUAAUAUGUUUAAGUUACUAGCUUUUAUUUUAAAAAUUAGAAUGAGAUUUUUCUUACCAAUUACCCUUAAAUUUGCUGCUUAUCAAUUUACAGAUUUUGCACUGAAAAUUGAUCUGCAUCCCAUAAAUAACAAUUCAAUGUUUUAUUUGAAAUUGUUUUUCCAAAUUUUACCACAGACAGUAGAGUAUAAUAUAUAUAGUAUAGACUGUAUAGAUAAGCCUAUUCACUGCUGACAAUUGUUAAGAAUUGUUCGAUUAUACGGUAUACUUUUUCUUGGGAUAUUUCCAUAAUUAUUUGGUUGUUAGACAACAUGAAGGUAUAAGAAAAGCGCUGAUGGUACGUAAGUUACCGAAGCUAGUGACUAUCUCCAGUGACAGGCAAUGAGCUGAUGUAUGUUGGUAAAGAUUCAACCCGCUAUUCCUAGCUGAAAAUGUCUUGGGUGAGAAUGGGAUGUGGUUUUUAUUGCUUGGAACAAACUUUGAAGUUUUAUCUUUUUGAGCUGGCUUAUUCUGAGCAUGCUUGGUAUGUAUUUUAGAGAAGUGUAAACUCAUUAUGAGUAGAAAAUAUGCUAUAUUAUGCUGAGCAAAUUUUACUUUGGAAAGCAUAAUGAUCCUGAUGCCUUUAUGCCAGGAUUGUUGUAAAAAGCAAAUGUUUUGCUAACUACUGUAUUUAAUACUGCAAGACUUUAUUAUUUUUUUCCUUUGGAAUUUAUGAAAGUUAAAAUUCUGGACAUUUUCAAAGCUCAUGAAUAUUCAUCUCAUUACCUGUCACUUAGUAACAGAUCUAUUUAUGAGGUCUAACGAGUAUAUUUUUAACAUGAACUUUUAUGAUAGCCAAAAUUAUUCAGAUUCAGGGUGAUACUGAGAAUUCACAAAAAAAAAAACAAAUGUCUGCUGACUGCAAUUGCAUGCAUUAUUUAAAAUGUUUAAAUAUGGUAAAUAGAUGUAUUAUACCAUUUACUAACUUACUGUAUAAAAUGUAAGUAUCAAAAUGUAGGUCUAAAUCAUGUCAAGUCAAAAUUGACAUAACUAUUGAACCACUGAGCCCUGAAUCUGAAUAAUUGUUUGGAAUUCUUAGUCAUAAAAUCUUUAUAGAGACCACUUUUGAUAAAAGGUUGUCAAUAUUUCCUGUUUAUUGCUAAUUAUUGCAAGGGAAACUAUUAGUAUUAAAGCACUAUAUCUCACAAAAGAA